CAAGAUAUCAUUAUUAACUCAACACCACCCACGGUUAACAAGUCAUAUGUGGAUCCUCUGCUCACUAUAGCGCUAAAAAGCCAUGGCUUCAUCAUCAAUAGCUUUGUCGAGUUCGAUGGAGAAGAGUAUGUUAAGUAUUACGAGGAAACCAUAGGUCAUAAGGCUUGGCAUCUUGGCCCGGCCUCUCUUGUUCACGAAACCAUUCAAGAAAAGGCGGAAAGGGGUGAAAAGAGCACAUUGAGCGUGCAAACGUUUGUGAAUUGGCUCGACACGAAGCGAGAUAACUCAGUGAUCUACAUAAGCUUUGGAUCCAUGUGUCUUUUCUCCGAUAAGCAAUUGUUUGAGAUUGCAAGUGCAAUAGAAGCAUCGGAUUAUGAUUUCAUAUGGGUUGUCCCAGAAAAAAAGGGGAAGGAGAAUGAGAGUGAAGAUGAUAAGGAAAAAUGGUUGCCUAAGGGAUUUGAAGAGAGGAACAAGGGAAUGAUUGUAAAGGGGUGGGCACCACAGAUGGUUAUCUUGGGUCAUCCUGCUGUUGGUGCAUUUUUGACGCAUUGUGGGUGGAAUUCUGUGGUGGAGGCUAUUAGUGAAGGGGUUCCGAUGAUCACAUGGCCAGUGCACGGUGAUCAAUUCUAUAAUGAGAAGCUGAUAACUCAGGUGCGGGGGAUCGGAGUGGAAGUAGGUGUAGAUGAGUGGGUCGUGACUGCUUUUCGAGAGAUGAAAAAGCUGGUGGGGAGAGAUUGCAUAGAGAAGGCUAUAAGAAGGUUGAUGGAUGGUGGUGAUGAGGCCAUUCAAAUCAGAGAAAGAUCUCAGAAGCUUGCAAAAAUUACAAGACAUGUUGUCAAAGAAGGUGGCUCAUCCCAUAAGAAUUUGACUGCUUUGAUCAAUGAGCUUAAGGAAUUGAGACACGGUAAGGUGAUUAAUUAACUAUGAUGUCGUUUUUCCUUUAUUUUAAUAGCCAAAAAGUGUACUAUUAUUAUACUCUUGUAUAAUUUAUAAGAGAUAAUUAAGUCAUUUUAUUGUCAAAUUGUAUCACCUAAAUAUAUAUUAAGGUUAUUUUCAA